GAUCAUUCCUAAUAGUUGUAUAUUAACAAUCUAAAAACUAAGACUUCGCAUAAUCAUAACUAAAAAAACAACGAUAUCUAAGUAUUGCAAUCCUAAAAUAUUACACUACGCACUCGCUUUAAUUGUAUAAGAAGGUAACGUCGAGUCGCGCCGCAUUGAUAUCGUUUACGUUAAAAUUAAAACAUAAUAUAAUGUGGAAAUCUAUCAUGAAAAUAUUGGUUUGGGCUCUUGUCGGUUCGUAUAUUCAACCCGCGUCGAGUGCCAGAAUUUUGGCCGUGGAGACAGUCGGAGGUAAAAGCCACUGGAACUUUAUGAGUGGUAUACUAAGGGCGUUGGUGAAUGACGGACACAGCGUCACUGUGUUCACACCGUUUGCCGACGGUAACCGUGAAAACUAUACCGAAGUGGAUACAACUUCAGAAGGGGCUUUGCAAUUUAUGGACAAGGAUCUAGAACAGAUGAUGAGUAGAAAACUUACAGUAAUAGGUGAUUUUGUAAUGAUGAGUAGAAUUCAGUGUGAUCAAGUGUAUGAGAAUAGUAAAAUGAAAAUAGUGUUGGGGGGAGUACGCACGGAAUACGACAUUGUCAUUAUUGAAUACUUUGCUUCAGAUUGUGUGUCAUACAUUGCAACUAAGCUCAACUUGCCUUUGAUUUAUGUCACACCAUUGCCAGCCAAUGCCUUUAUGGAUCGCACAAUCACCGGUCACGUCUCAAAUCCGUCAACGGUCACGGAAGUAUUUUCUAUGUAUGCGAUUCCUAAAACUUUCAUUCAGAGAUUAACCAAUAUAUCUUUGAUAGUUUAUUUGAAAAUUGUAAAACAAUACAAAGAACUGAUUCUAAAAUACACUGAUCCGAAACAAUAUGAUUUGAUCGAACCCAUUUCACCGUCUUUGAUAUUCGCAAAUAGGCACUUCAUAACUGAUGUGGCAAGUCCUACGCCGACAAACGUUAUCGAUAUUGGUGGAAUUCAUUUGAAGACAGCUCAGAAGUUACCGGAAGAUAUUUUAGAAUUCAUUGAACAGUCGCCACACGGAGUUGUUUAUUUCACUUUUGGUUCGACCAUAAAAAUGUCUUCGAUGCCAGAACAAAUAAAAAAAGCGUUACUGGGAACGUUCGCACAAAUUCCUCAAAGAGUGCUAUGGAAAUAUGAAAACGUACUGGAAGGCAUGCCGAAAAAUAUGAUGAUUAGAAAGUGGCUCCCACAGCGUGAUAUACUUAUGCUCCCGAAUGUGAAACUAUUCAUCAGUCACGGAGGCAUAUCUGGGAUAUACGAAACCGUGGACGCUGGAGUACCAGUUCUUGGAUUUCCCUUAUUUGGCGACCAGCAAAGAAAUAUAGACAAUUUAGUCAACGCUGGAAUGGCUAUUUCUAUGGACCUCCUGUCUGUAACGAAGGAUAAUUUCUUGAGAAAUGUCUUAGAACUCCUCAACAAUAAAAAAUACACGGAAAACGCUGAAAUCACUUCAAAAAUAUUCAAAGAUCGGCCAAUGUCGCAAGCAGAAUCCGUUGUUUACUGGACUGAGUAUGUUCUUCGGCACAAAGGUGCACCACAUUUGAAAUCUCAAGCAUUGAAUCUAAGAUGGUACCAAUACUACUUACUAGAUGUUUUAGCUGUACUAUUAGUUAUUAUUUUUGUUGUAAUUUUUACCACUAGAGAAAUGUGCAAAUCAAUUUAUAUGUAUGGUAUAAUUUUUUGUCAAAAUUAUAAACCAAAGCCCGAAUAAUUUAUCUAAAUAAAAAAAUAUUAUACCUAA